AUGUCGAGAGCUAAAAAAGUUAUUGAAGAAGCAAAGGAAAUUAAUAAUCCUGAAAUAGAUUUAGUUGAUAAAGGACUAUCGAGCCUCGACGAGGUACCUGGAUUGUUUAAUCUAGCCAACAUUACUCGUCUGUCUCUGAGUCACAACAAAAUACAAGUGGUGCCGGCAGUUCUUGCCAACCUCAUAAACUUGGAGAUCCUUAAUUUUGCCAACAACCAUAUCCAAGAACUGCCUGGCAGCUUGUCCUCACUGCCAAAGCUUCGAAUUCUCAAUGUCUCUCUCAAUAGACUCAAUUCACUACCAAGAGGCUUUGGCUCUUUCCCGGUGUUGGAAAUUUUGGACUUGACAUACAAUAAUUUAAGCGAGAAGAACUUGCCAGGGAAUUUCUUUAUUAUGGAUAGUCUGCGUGCUCUAUACUUAGGGGACAAUGAUUUUGAAUAUUUGCCUCCUGAAAUAGGCAACCUGAAGAAUCUACAAAUUCUGUCUAUGCGUGAAAAUGAUCUAAUCGAAGUGCCGCGAGAGCUCGGGAACUUGACGCGGCUGCGGGAGCUACAUCUACAGGGCAAUAGGCUUGUUGUGUUACCGCCAGAGAUUGGUUCACUGGACCUAGCCAGCAACAAGUCAGCGUUAAGAAUCGAAGGUAACUUCUGGAUACCGCCAAUCGAAGACCAGCUCAAACUGGGGCCAUCUCAUGUGUUAGACUACCUGCGGUCGGAGACUUAUAAAGUUCUGUACAGCCGUCAAAUGUCAGCGAAACCUCCGCCACCACCACAAACCCUGGACAAGAGCAAGAAAGCGAGCCGAGCCGCCUAA